AGUGGAGCCAAGGGCGGAGCAGCACUCAUGUCAGACACCGUGCGGCGCAUGGAGAGGCGUUGUCCAUGGGAAGACGCAUUAGCAUAAACUAGGAGCACAGGCAAGACAGAUUUAUCCGGGGCUUGGCUUUGCACUGGACUUCAAGGGGCAAGACUUUGCUCAUGCCAUCUACAGGCACCGUGAAGAGCUUCAAUCCUGUCAAGGGCUGGGGCUUCAUCGACUGCUGUGGUGUAGAUGUUUUCGUGCACGUCAAGUACUGCGUCUCUGGGCAACCUGCUGUGGGGGAUGUGGUGACCUUCGACAUUGAGAAGAACCCCAAAUGUCCUGAGCAGCCCCAAGCGAAGAACGUGAAAGGAUGCAGUGGACAACGCGCAGAUGAGCUGAACAAACAGCUCAUCGCCAACAUGCUUGGUAUGACGGCCAGUGAGCCGCCUCCAGAGCAGCCAAAAGGUGCUUUCCAUGGAGUGGUCAGAGCGUACAACCCGGACAAGGGCUUUGGCUUUAUCGAGCCAGCGAUAUAUCGCCAGCCGGUGCUGUUGCGGGCGGCGGACAUGGCCAUCGGGGAGCCCAAGGUGGGAGACACUGUGUACUUCGACGUGGAGCCCGUGAAGCUGGACGAUGGCACUGUGCAGCUCAAGGCGAUCAACGUGAGCAGUGGUACCUGCCAACCUGAGAAGAGCGAGGACAGCUAUGGUCCGGUGGAUGACAAGACUUCAAAACGGCCGGGCCCGAUGGAUGGUCAGGGCAAGAAGUCCUUGGCGCGCAUCCGGGGCAUGGUGCACUCCUGGAUCCCGGAGAGGGGCUGGGGCUUCGCGACGAUUCCAGGCUGCACUGACAUCUUCGUGCACUCCCACCACUGUGUUGGAGGCUUUACCCCGCAGCCGGGGGAUGUGCUGGAGUUCGAGCUUGAGCGCGGCAAGAAAAAGGACGGCACCAUCAAUUUCACAGCCAUUAAUGUGACGCUGGCGACUCCCCACACGCCGGCCAUGGGCCCGAAGCCGCCGAAGAACAGUGUGCCGGUGGGCGUGAAGCGGCUUAUGGCGAAGUUGGCUUCCAAAGCUGCGCCCGAGUAACGAAGUGG